AUGCGGGAUUCUUCCGGUCAACAAACAUCAUCGCCAGCGAAACCCUCCCACAGCGGGACCCAAAGGGCUGGCAGCGGGACCCAAAGGGCUGGCAGCGGGACCCAAAGGGCUGACAGCGGGACAAUGGGGCCAAACGGGCCCUCUGAUCCCAGCGGCCAGGGCUGGGCUGCAGACGGCACCAUCGCGACCAUACCUAUCAAUGAUGUGCACGGAGCUAUCGAUUACACAACCUUGAACUAUGACGGAGACGCGUGCUGCCCUGGCUCGGACGAAGAUGGCCUGCGCAAGGGCAGCCCCCCCACCCGGCCUGGUACUCCAUGGUCGUCCUCUCGCCAACACGCAGGCACCGGAACCUCAGGUCAAAUCGCCGGUCAGCUCAUGCCCAUCCUCGAGGAGGAGGAGGAGGAGGGGGUGGAUCCACCCCCUGUUUCUGCCGUUGGCAAGGAUACAGCGGACGACAAGGAAGCCUAG